AGCUCUCUCUCUCUCUCUCUAGAGCUCAGUAGAGCUCAGUUUGAUUGGGAAUGGCGAUCUCAGCGAGAGAACACAUAGAGGAAAUUCGGAAAAAGAAGUUUAAGAUCGGAGAAGAACCUGAUCCCAAGAACGAAGAUCUUCAUCAUGCUGUUAAUUAUCUAUCCGCUGAACUCUAUGCCAAAGAUGUUCAUUUUCUCAUGGAACUCAUUCAGAAUGCAGAGGACAAUGAGUACGGGGAAGGGGUAAACCCAUCGCUGGAGUUUGUGCUAACAUCUCGGGACAUUACGGCCACCGGAGCUUCUGCCACGUUGCUUGUAUUCAACAACGAGAGGGGUUUUUCUGCUAAAAAUGUGGAGUCCAUUUGCAGUAUUGGUCGCUCCACCAAGAAAGGCCAUCGUAAACGUGGUUAUAUUGGCGAGAAAGGAAUUGGUUUCAAAAGUGUAUUUCUCAUCACAGCUCAGCCUUACAUAUUCAGUAAUGGCUAUCAGAUAAGGUUUAAUGAACAACCUUGCCCAGAGUGCAAAGUUGGGUACAUUGUCCCUGAAUGGGUCAAUGAUAACCCUACUCUUUCCACCAUAAAGGAAAUAUACGGUGGCUCUGACUCUUCCCUUCCGACCACAACGAUUGUGUUGCCUUUGAAGCUUGACAAGGUCCAACCUGUGAAGCAGCAACUCUCAGCCAUUCAUCCUGAAAUUCUGUUAUUUCUUUCAAAGAUAAAGAGGCUUUCAGUCAAGGAAGAUAAUGAGGAUCCUAGUCUCAACACCGUGAGUGCGGUGUCCAUUUCAAGUGAGAUUAAUUUUGCUACUAAGAAGAACAUAGAUGCAGAUUCCUUUCUUCUCCAUCUCUCAGCCGAUGAACAUGGUAAAAAUUCAGAAGAAGAAUGCAGCUACCACAUGUGGAGGCAGAGAUUUCCUGUCAGGCAAGAAAAUAAAGUGGAAAAAAGAAUGGAAGUCGAUGAGUGGGUGAUCACACUGGCUUUUCCAAAUGGACAACGGCUCAAUAGAGGGAGGAGCUCUCCUGGAGUCUAUGCUUUUCUCCCUACAGAGAUGGUUACAAAUUUCCCUGUUAUAAUCCAAGCGGAUUUUCUUCUAGCAUCAUCGAGGGAAACCAUUCUCUUGGAUAACAAAUGGAACCAAGGCAUUCUCGAUUGUGUGCCUUCUGCUUUUGUCAGCGCAUUCAUUUCAUUGGUGAAAAGCUCAGAAGAUGCACCGGUAUCUAGUUUGCCUCGUAUGUUUGGAUUUAUACCUGUCAACAGCUCUCCCUAUCCGGCUCUGAAUGCUGCGAGAGAGACUAUCAAAGCAAAACUGGUGGAUGAAAAUAUUGUUCCCUGCCAGUCGUACUUGGACCAGAAGAUCUUUCAGAAACCCACUGAAGUAGGUAGGCUAAUGCCUGCUUUCUGGGAUAUAUUGAAGAAGGCAAGAAAGGAAGGGUUGGGCUUGUAUGAUCUCUUAUCCCAUAGGAGAUUUGUGCUAAGUUGUUCAUUCGAUAGAGAGCAAUAUGAUCCAGUGUUGAAUUUCUUGGGAGUGAAACAUGUUGAAGAUGAGUGGUAUGCAAGGUGCAUCCCCGGUUCUAAUCUUGUAUUGGGAGUUUCAGAUGAGUUGUAUUUAGAGCUCCUAUUAUUUGUAGCCGAGAAAUGGUGGUCGAAUUUUCAGAACACCAACAUUAAAUACUUGCCUCUGCUGAAGUAUGUGAGUCUUAACGGGAAUGUGUCUUUGUAUAGUGUAAGUGACGUACAGCGGAAUGUGGGGAAGGUUCUUGUAUCCCAGGAGCCUGAUUAUAUAUCUUGGCUGAUUAAUUGGAACAGAGAAUUUCGAUGUUUAGGAGGCCAGUUUUUUGUACCUGAAUCAACACAAGAAGCUAUCCAGCUAUGUUCUAGGAGGCAUACAUUGUUAAAAUGGCUUUCAGACAUAAUGAAAGUUGAGUCUGUAAACGUGUGUAAUUUUGCAGCUCUUGUUACUAAUUCGCUGGCCACUGAUCGGAACCUUGCUGUUGCCUAUGUUCAUUUCUUGUAUCACUCUCUUUUGGAGAAAUAUUUGUCUGAGCAAGAGAUUGAAAAAUUGUGUGCCAGCAUGCCAAUUGUAGAUAACUAUGGCCGAGUGAUGGCAUCAAGGAAAGGGGUUCUUGUUCCUAAUAAUGGAAGCAAAUGGGUCAGGCUGAUUGGAUCUAAUAUAUGGAGAGACGAUGGUUUUGUUGAGCUCGGAGAAGACUACUUGUAUCCGGGCAAAUUUGCAGGUGUUUUUACCCCUAAAUUUGGACUCAUUCAUUUCCUCAAAGGGUAUGUUGGAGCUUCUGAUGUCCCUGAUAUAUCUCCUCCCAACGCAGUAAUUCCUACAAUGUCUGCUCUGCUAACCAAGCAGAACACUUUCUUGCUAUUGGAUUGGAUUCGGACGUUGAGAUGGAAUCGGGUUAACAUGCCUGAAAAGUUCUUGAAAUCCAUAAAGGCGGGAAACUGGUUAAAAGUCUCUUUGAACGGCAUUGCUGGCUAUAGGCCUCCAUCGCAGUCGUUUCUACCAAGCUCGUCGUGGGGACAACUUCUGCAGAAUGAAUCUGUGCUGGUUGAUAUUCCGAUAAUUGAUCUGAGUUUCUAUGGUCAUGAAAUAAAUGAUUAUAAGGCUGAGCUCGAUGCAAUUGGAGUGAUGUUUGAUUAUGACGAGGCAUGUCAGUUUAUUGGGAAGCAUCUCAUGGCUCUCGCAGCCUCUACGACUCUAACGAGAAUGAAUGUGCUUUCGAUAUUGACAUUUAUAAAGUUUUUGAGGGAGAAAUUUCAUUCUCCUGAAGACUUCAUAUAUAGUAUCAGGAAAGGGAGAUGGCUAAGAACAACACUAGGCUACAAUUCCCCAGUUGGAUCUGUUAUGUUCAGUGAGGAGUGGAGAACUGCAUCCGAGAUCAGUGACAUCCCAUUUAUCGAUCAAAAUUUUUAUGGUGAUGAAAUCCUUAAUUUCAAAAGAGAACUGGAGAUGCUCGGUGUGGUUAUUGGCUUCAAUCAAAAUUACGAGUUUGUUGCUGACAAUCUAAAAUCUCCAGCAUACAACAUCAGUGCUCUGACGGCUGAGUCUGGUCUUUUCGUGCUGAAAUGCUUAAAACAUUUAAGUUCAUCUGAAAAAAUUGUUAGUGCAUUUAAGGGAGAGAGAUUUUUGAAAACAAACAUGGGCUACAAGGCUCCAUCUGAAUCGUAUCUAUUCAAUCCUCAAUGGGGUUGUCUUCUGGAGGUUUUCAACGGCUUCCCACUUAUCGACCAGAACUUUUAUGGGACCAACAUUGUGUUGUACGAAAAUCAGUUGAAGCAAUUGGGGGUAGUAGUGGAUUUCGAGGAGGCAGCCAAGGCAUUUUCUCGGGUUUUCAAGCAACAAGCCGAAAAGGCUUCCAUCAAUAAAGAUAAUGUUCUUUCAUUUCUAGCGUGCUGCAGGAAGCUAAAUGGUACAGCUUUUAAAUUCCCCGAUGAUCUGAAGAAAUGUAUUCGCGAGGUUAAAUGGUUGCGCACUCGUCUUGGUGAUUACAGAGUGCCAAGUGACUGCAUUCUGUUUGGCCCCGAAUGGAAAUCUAUCUCUCCGAUCACUUUGCUUCCAUUCAUUGACCAUAGUGACAAUUACUACGGCAAGGGCAUUCAUAAAUAUAAAAAGGAGCUGAAGGGUAUGAGAGUGGUUCUUGAUUUCAAGGAUGGUUACAAGUUUGUGGCUGCUGGCAUUUAUUUACCCCGUGAUCCAAGCAACAUAACUCCGACAAAUGUAUAUGCAUUGCUCGAAUGUGUCCGCAACUUACUGCAACAGACGAAUGAGCCUUUACCUGAUCCCUUUCUGAAGAAAGUUUCUAAAGAAUGGCUGAAAACCAGUGCUGGUUAUAUGUCUCCUGAGGAGUGUUUGCUGUUCAAUUCUAAUUGGAGUAAGUUCUUACAACCGGAGGAUGGACCAUUCAUUGAUGAAGAAUUUUAUGGCCCCAAGAUUACAUCCUACAGUAAAGAGCUCAAUGCAAUAAAAGUCACUGUUGAUGUCAGCAAAGGGUGUUCUUUGCUUGGGAGCUACCUCAAUUCCCAUUCCAAUUUUGCCACUAUUGUUCGAAUCUAUAGUUACUUGAGAGAGUUCAAUUGGAUACAAGAGUCUGGAGAUGCAAGAAAAAUUUGGAUCCCAAAUGGAAGUGACGAUGGAGAGUGGGUACAACCUGAAGAAUGUGUUCUCUAUGACAACGAUGGUCUAUUUGGUUUGCAAUUGAAGGUGUUGGAGAAACACUAUGACUCGAAAUUACUUGGGUUUUUUUCAAAUGCUUUAGAAGUUAAAUCCCAUCCUUCGCUAAACAACUUUUGCAAGCUCUGGAAGGUUUGGGAAUGUUCUGGAAAGCGGUUGUCACAUAGCGAGUGUUGUGCUUUUUGGAAAUUCGUUAUGAAGCAUUGGAGCUCGAAAACAGAGAAAUUUCUUGCUGAAAAUUUGUUGAAACUACCUGUAUUUUCAGGUUCAGAUGAAAUUUUGUUGGUUGACAAGCGCGAUGUUUUUAUCGCAGAUGAUCUUCAGCUGAAGGAUCUUUUCAAACAGUCUUCACGCAAUCCGCUUUUUGUUUGGUACCCUCAGCCAAGCUUGCCAUCGUUUCCUCGGUUUAUGCUGCUUGAAAUUUACAGCAAAAUUGGUGUCCGGAACAUCUCUGAGUCUGUGUUAAAAGAAGUAUCUACCAUGGAUGGUGAUGGACUUGAGAAAGUGAAUCCGAGUGAAAUCUUGAUUGGAAAAGGGCUGGUUAAACUGAUUCUUGGAUUUCUUGCUGGAUUCUCGCUGAAAAUGGAAGAAGAAAAGAGGCAUGAAGCUGUCAGAAACUUCCUUGAUCUCACAGUAAUUGAGACAAACGACCCAAUUACGAUUUGUUGCAGUUUAUCGCUCUCUUCGGGGGAAAGAUUGAAAAAAGAAGCGAAGCCAAUGAUCCGUUGGGAUAGAGAGAGUAAGAAGCUGUUCACGGUGAAGAUGGACAGGUCGGGUGGACAUAGAAAAAACAUUGAGUAUGCUACUUGUUUUUCUGAAGCGAUUUCUGAGGGACUGUUGUGGGAAAAUGAAGAUCAUAUACGCGAACUGGCUGAGCUGAUCAAAUUGGGGUUCGUUUUGGAAUUUGACGAGGGAGCGAUUGAGUUCUUGAUGAAGACACAGAAUCUGCAGCUGUUUUUGGAGGAUGACAGGUUCAUCUCUUCAGCUUUUCCUACUGAUGAUUAGUUCAGUUUUACAUUGCUCGUGUUUUGAAGUGCUUCAAUGUUUGCUGGUUUGGAUUAUUUGUGUUUUAUGUACUUUUGAUGCUUUGAAGUGUUUUAAAAAACUUGUGUUUGGUGUUAUUGUAUCUAAACUAUGUAUUGUUGGGCUGCUUGUGUAGGUUUAUUUAUAAGAUUGGAAGUUUUAAUUAAUGAUGGUUCUUGGAUUGCAGUUGAUUAUAUA